AUGAGCGUUGAAUUAUAUUCAAUAAAAUUAUUGCCUUGGAAACGGUUGGUUGAUAAAGAAGCCGUUUUGGUACUCAAAGAAAAAUUCUUCAUCGAUCCGAAUCCAGAAAUCUUUCAAACAGCACCACAGGGCUAUAAAAGUAUAUCGAAAUAUGUUGACAAUUUAACAUUUGAAGAAGAACCGAAUUAUACCCUCAUUCAGUCCGCAUUGGAACAAAUAAUCAAGGAUGAGUGUAUGGACAUAAGACUACCGCUUGAUUGGAAUGGGAAAGUGUUUGAAAAAGAAGAAACAAGGAUGCGCUUAAAAGAAAGAGAAUACAUCGGGCGUAAAAGAGGUGCCACUCGAGAAUCGAGAGACGUGAGUCUUGAACGAGAAGAUGAGCAAUUGGAGCAAGUGGAUAUUAAUCAAGCUGAUAAAGAGAAUAAACUGAAACAAUCAUCCGAGAAAGCAGCCACACAACAAUUACCUGUUAAAUCGGUUAAUGUUUAUUCAUCUGACGACUCAAACGUAUAA